AGUUCAGGGCGGGCCCUUUGGAAUGCUCAACCGGAGCGCUCCUCCUCCUCCUCCUCCUCCCUGAACUACAACUCCCAGAACUCUGUAGGAGGAGCUUAGCCACAGAAUUGCACGUGAACGGGUUGCAAAUGUUUUUCCUAGAAGAUAUGGCUGGGAAAUCUCUUUCUCUGCCCAGAUUUUAAGGAAGGACUUUAUUUGGGAAGAUGAAGAGGGUGCAAUACAGGAUUUGGAACAACAAAGUUAUCCUCCAAGAUCUGCCAUCACCUAAAAAGACGUCUCAGCAGCGUCUCCUCUCCAGGGAAGAUGCCAUAGAUCCACCACCAGCCAGGCUGGAAUAUCCUGGGUUGAGUUGCCAUUUGAGCCCCAUUCCAGCUGGAGAAACCCCUCAAGAGACCCUCUCCCGCGUGAGCGAUGCUGUCCAUGGCUGGCUGCUCCCCGAAAGGAGAACCAAGGAGCAAAUGGUUGACGCUGUUAUCCUGGAAAAGUUCUUGGCUCUUCUUCCAGAGGACCUGCAGGAAUGGCUGAGAUUUAGGAGGCCGAAAAACAGCAGAGAGGCAGCUGAGUUUGCGGACAUUUCCUUGCAAAAUCAAAAAACUACUCACGUCACCAGAGUAGGAAAUGCCGAAACAUGUGUCCAGCCGAAGGUGCAUUCACACUCUAUGAGUAUGAUGAAAACUGCUCGCCCGUGUAGAGACGCUCCCAAACACAAGAGUGUUUUGACGCCUCCCAAACAAAAUAUUACUUACUGGGAAGUAGUGGAGGAGAAGAAUGAGACAUCCAAUUGGCUGUUGUUUGCUGUUCCGGAGAUUGUGGUCUACAAACCACUGGCUUCCAGUUAAAAUGGAACAAUAUGUGCUUCUGGACCCACGACAGAGAGCCUUGUAUCGGGAUGUCAUGCAAGAAAGUUAUGAGAUGCUGAUGGCACUCGAAUUUCCACUACCCAAGAUUGACUUACUAUCCCAGUUGGAAAGAGGAAAUGAAACAACAGCGUUUGACCUGCAAGCCCUAGGAAAUCUCCCUCCAGUUACAGCAUUAGUAAAUGAGAAUAUGAAAGAAGAGAAUUCUGUGCAAGAAGUUUCCAAAGAGACAGAGUCUACUGCCGAAGCCUCCCAGUGUCCCACAAGUGAAGCCACAAACAGCAAGGCCCAAGCUGAGAUCCUCCCACUUUCUCCUCCAUUGUCCACUCCAAACCCCAACAUUUGCUGCAAAUGUGGCAAAACCUUCAGUCAUAAGUCAGCUUUGGUGAAACACCAGAAGAUCCACACAGGAGAGAAACCCUACGAGUGUGAAGAAUGUGGGAAGAGCUUCAUUCAGUGCUCAGACUUGAUUAUUCACCAAAGAACUCACACAGGGGAGCGGCCAUAUCAGUGUCCAAACUGCGGGAAGCGUUUCAGCGUCCGCUCCACCCUGCUGACCCAUCAGCGGAUUCAUGCGCCGGGAAGCGAAAAGCCCAACCGCUGCUCUGAGUGUGGGAAGUGCUUCAGUGACUUGGCAGCCCUGGAGCAACAUCGCAAGAGCCAUGCUGGAGAGAACCCCCACAAGUGUGUGGAUUGUGGGAAAUGCUUUGCAUGGAGCUCCCACCUUGAGCGGCACCGGCGGAUCCACACGGGGGAGAAACCAUACAAGUGCCAUGAGUGCGGACGGGCCUUUGCAUGGAGCUCACAUCUAGAUCGGCACAUGCGGAUUCACUCUACAUCAGCAUUGCCAGAGGAGGCGCCCCCCUCAAAGUGUGCCGACUGUGGCAAGCGAGUCAACCACAUUACCCAUCCCGACCGUUUUAAACACAAGAGCACCCAGACCCCUCUGGAGCAUGAAGAUGUGGUCGAAGAGACAGAAAUGGGGCAGCCCCCUCACCAGUGCACAAUGUGUGGGGAAAGCUUUGGACAGCAUUCAAGCUUAAUUGAGCACCGGUGCAUUAACACUGGGGAGAAGCCAUAUCAGUGCAUAGAGUGUGGUCUCCACUUUAGCUGGUCCUCUGCUCUCCUCAAGCACCAGCGCAGUGAUCACAAUAAAGGCAGGACUUACUCUUGCUCAGAAUGUGCCCGGGUUUUUGGCAAUCCCACUUCCUUGGCCAAGCUCCAGUUCACCCAUUCCAGAGGGAAACCCCACCAGAGCUCUGACUGUGACAAAAGGUUGGAGCACAGUUCUCAACUGGAGAGAGAUAAGCGAAUCUACACUGGAGAGAAACCUUACACACGUACAGAUUGCAUCCAGGGUCCACAGCAGAUCCACAAUGAAGCCCGAACCCAUGGUUGUGGAGGGUGUAGCAAAAGCUUCCCUUUAAUCUCUGGGCUGGCCGCACACCAAGGUCUCCAUGACACCAAGGCCAAGCCUUAUCAGUGUCCCAAAUGUGGGAAAGGAUUUAGUACCAUUGCCGUGCUGGAGCGUCAUCACCAAAUGCAUCGUGGUGAGAAGCCCUAUCAGUGUGACGUUUGUGGCAAGGGCUUUGCCUGGAGUUCACACUUCAACCGGCACCAACUCUCGCACACAGGAGAGAAGCCCUUCCCUUGUGCCUACUGUGGGAAACGCUUUGGGCGUAGCUCCCACCGCAACCGGCACCAACGUGCCCACACUGUCCCUGCCAAGGACCAAAAUCAGCCACAGAAUGACGAAAAAGAAGGCAGUAUUUUAGUGACAAACACAACUCGCACCUGGUGGAAGGAAGGGGAAGGAGAGGAAAGGCUGUUGAUGGAGGAUCCGGAGGUCUGGUCACCCACCUUGGAUGCAACCAGCCCUUUCCAGUGGCCAGCCAAGUCUCCUGGCGAUGCAUGGAGGACCGUGGGGAGCAGCACCCUUGAGCAGGCACCUGAAAGUUUGACAGAUCCUACAGAAAGCUGGACUCACCCACCUCCUGCAGUGCCCCGCACUACUCACUUCCCUUGACUUCCUUUUAAUGGCCCCCUUACACUUUUUGGAAAUGCCAAACACACAUCCCACUAGUAAGCCACCCCAAGUCCCCUCGGGGAGAUGGUGGCAGGGUAAAAAAAUUAUUAUUAUCAUCAUCAUCAUCAUCAUCUCUUCUCCUGGGACAAGAAGAAAGGGUAACCUUUCCUCUCCUCCAUCCACAGCUUCCUGUUGCUGCUAUCACUCCUAAAAUUGCUAAAACUCCUAUCAUACCUUGAGGCCAAAAACAGAACAGAAAGAAAAAUGUGUGCUAUAGAUCCCAAGCAUGUAGUGCAUCAACAUGGAGCUUGUUUUUAGGAGUAGAAGUCAUAUUUUAAGGGAGUAGAAGUCAUGGGUGAAGGGCAGAAGCAGAUUCUGUGAAUAGUAGACCCACCGUCACCAUGGAAGUGACCAUAUGAAUUAAAACGCUGUCAAAUGCUGUCAAAUGUUUUACCAUCCUUAUUAUAAGGGGAUUUGUCUGACAACUUCCAUUCCCAACAAUAGUGAGGUCGACUAGAGUUAUUUCCGUUAUAGAAUCAUAGAGUUGGAAGAGAUCUCAUGGGCAUUCCAGUCCAACCCCCUGCCAAGAAGCAGGAAUAUUGCAUUCAAAGCACCCCUGACAGAUGGCUAUCCAGCCUCUGUUUAAAAGCUUCCAAAGAGGGAGACUCCACCAUAUACAUAUGAAGCUGAGCAAGAUGCAUCCACAGCAAGUUGGAUGCUGUAGAGCCCAUGAUCUACUUCCCAAUCCCUGAACAACAGGAUUAGUUGUAUGGAGUUGUCUUCCAGUGGAAAGAGAAAAAGAAAUGAAAAAAGCCAACAAGCAACCUUGCUAGGGAACUUGCUCAACAAGGUUUGCCCUUGGUUCGGUCCAGCCUCAAGCAUCUUGAUCUGAUCCAGACAGAAGUAGCAAGUCUUCCAUAAAUCACAGGACAGUCCCAGAAUCAGAAACAAAUGUUUUGUGCUUUAUGUGGUCAGGCAUGGGGCAAGUCCUGCGAGCAGAAAAGCAUCCAUGUUUUGUGUGAUUAGGUAACCAUAACCCAAAAUUUUCUGUGUUUGUUCUGCAUGACAGUGACAACUAAUCUGGUACAAAAACCUCUUCCAGAUUGUUGUGAAGGGGAGUAGGUUCAUGGAGAACGAUCACCAUUUAGAACCAUGACUAUAUGUAUCCAAACGAGAUUCCCCAAUCCCAAAUAGGAAAACAUGACGAAAGAAAUUCUUUCUUGGUGGUGACUGUGGGCUUACUAUUCACAGAACCCCAAAAAGGGACAAAAAAGGCAUGGAGGCCAGAAUCUCCAAUCAUGGAAUGCAAGGAAAAGGUAACUUUCUUUUGAAAAUGCAAAGUUGCUCUCACACAGAGUUUUCUAAGGGGUUAGCUUAAGAAACCAAAUUGGUGUCUAGAGACGCUAUCUAACACCUGGAAUCCCUCUAUCUUUUAAACACUGAGAAAACCCUAAUUGCCUCUGGACCACUAUUUAUAACAAUGUCAAUUUUUUUUGUAAUAGAGGCUAUAUGCAUCUUCUGUUUACCUGGAAAGUAUUCAGUUUUGUUUAGACUUCAUAUCCCCUUAAAAACUUUUAGAUUUUUCCCUAAAACCAAUAUUCUUAUAGUGUAGGGGUGGGAUUGAAGUUGUAUCAGAGGAUAGAAGAACGUGAGUUUUGGUACUUAGAGACUGACAGAACUUUUUUCUGUAACUUGUAGCAGCAACACACAGAAGGAACGGUAAUGGCAGCUAAGUGAUAAACUGAAAGGAUAAUUAUUUCACACAAGAUGGAAAUGUCUUGUCUAAUCCCAGUUGCUAGAACUUGACAUGAGAAUCAAGCAUUUCCUAAAGAGACCCCUUUUCUGGGCAUUUGUCCUCCAGCGCAAAUCUGUGCCCGAUUUCUUGUGGAAGUUGACCUUAGAAUUGAGCUGGAGGACUUAGAAAUUCUUAGGUGUUCUCCCAGAUUUUUGUUUAAUUUGAAGGUUUUCGCUUUUUUUGUUGUCCUGUGCCCUUAAUCUCUACAAAAACAGAGGGCAUACUGUCAUAUAUUCAGGUCUGCGGCCUUCUUCUCGUGUGAAUCCAAAUUUUACAUUGAUCUUAGAUGUGGCAGAAGACUCACGCUUGAUGAGCAUUAUCCCUGCCCACAGAUGUGGAGUGCCAUUGUUGUUCAUCCAAUACAAUGGAAUGAGUUCCAUCUCCUGUUGCAGCCAGGUAGACAGGUUCACACUGGCCAAGAAUGCACAUCUGCAUGCACAAUCCCAAUUCUAUUGGCUUUUUUUUAGCUGAAACAUGAUAUUGUUACCUCAUAUGUAACUUGUCCACGAUAUUUUUCACAUGUACUGCUUGGUGAGCCAGGCAUCCCCCAUUCUGUAUCUUUGCAUUUCAUUUUUUCUGGCUAAGUGGAGUAUCUUGUAUUUGUCUACAUUGAACUUCAUUUUGUUGGUUUGGGCCCAUCUCUCUAUAAUCUGUUAAGAUCAUUUUGAAUUCUGCUCCUGUCUUCCCUCCCAAGAGGUAGAUGUAUCCCUCGCCAGCCAUGCUGGCAUUUUAUGGCACAUUUUGUAUUGUCAAUAUUAAAACCUCGUCCUAAUUUUUAGUUUAAUUGAAAGACCUACUGAAUCAAUGGAAUUUACAUAAUGUCUGUCUGACCAAGUCCCCAUUGAGUUUCUAAGUUGCAACCAACAUUUGGUUUUAAGCUACAGCUAUUAAACCAGAUGCGCAGA